GCCGCACAGGAGUGCGCCCCGGCGGGUGCCGGACCGGGUACACUGUGCUCCGGCUCCCACCGCGCGCGAUGACGGGACGAGUGCGUACCRACACCUUUCACGUGGCGGGGAACUGUCUCAAAGUCAAACACUCCCAGGGAUUUGCGGAGUGGCUGCCUGUCGCCGGUCCGAGGGGGCGAACGCGAGCCCUAUCGCGGKCAGACUCGCUCCCGCUGGCGCUGUAGGCUCCCGAGUCUCCACUCUGGCAGGUUUAGAACAGGGUCGAAGCCCCAUAGAUCUGCCGCCUCCGGGAACUUGAGCACACCUCCAGUCUUGGAUCCCAAAGGCCUGCGCCCCUCUUUCUUCUGGUUGAAACCCCAUCUCCCUUGGUGCACGCGCGCACGUGGCUGAAAGAAGUAGGUGGUUGGCUUAUUAAUGAUACUGGUAGSAAAGAACCAGGCUCUGCCUUGAAUUCUAGCCCUGGCCGUGUCGGAGUGAAGUCUGUGGAAGAAGCAGCCAGAUGCUGCUACUUUCUUGUCAGCAGUCUGGGCAGAGACUUCUGAGGUCCUUCCUGAGCACCUGCGACUUCAGAUCCUCCGACUUCAGAUCCUCCGGCUCCUCUCUGAAGCUUUCCUGGUACCCGCAACUCCCAGAGUGCUCUGUAGCCAUAUUUCAUCGUGCCUAAGUCACUGUGUUGCAGCCAGCUGCUUAACUGGACAGCACAUCUGUCUAGACCAUCAGCCCCUGAGGGUGAGGCCCAGCAGGAGCCUCAGGACAGAGGGCAGCAGUUUGUGAGAACUGGCCAGGGCCACUGUGGUCCCUUGCCUGUGGCCUUCUUCUGCAGCCUCCGUCUGGGGGGAUGGGGCAGCUGAACCAUGUGCACCACUCUCCUCCUGCUCAGCACCUUGGCUAUGCUCUGGCGCCGACGAUUUGCCAACCGGGUCCAACCAGACUCCAGCAGAGUGGAUGGGACUGUUAUGGGAAGCAGCAGGGACACAGACCUCCAGUCCUCGGGCAGCUCAAGUCCUGGUUCGGCCCCUAGCCAUGAAGGAUGCUGCGGGCUCAGAAGCAGCAGCAAGGGAGAGAUGGCAGAAGCAGUGAUGGAGAAGGCCUUUGACUCUUACUUUGAAGAAGCCUCAUGGAUGCAAGAUGUCUGCAGAAAUACUCAGCAUCACAUCUUUACUAUGUCCCAAAGCCAGAAGAGAAGCUACCGUUUUUAAAAACAAUACUUUCCCAACUUGACCAGAAUUGCACUGCAAUUGAUGGAGGAAGAACAGCUUCCAGACGGCUCCUGAUAGUGCCMGUGUCCAGGUGUACUUCCUAUGAAAUUGCCAGUGCAACUGCUCCAAGUGUAAGCAGCCAUCUGUUUGGGAUUCCACCUAUCC